GUAUAUUAUAUACUUUUUUUUUCGGAUUGAGAAGUUGGUCCAUUAAUAUUCUAUAAGUAACUUGAUCAAUAUAACAUAAGCUUCAAGCACAAAGUGAAAGAAUAUAGCUGCUAAUUUAGCAAAAAAAAAAUGGCAAAUUUGAGUACAUGUUCAGAGAAAAUGAAGUUGUUAAUGGGAUUACUUGCACUUCAAUUAUGUUUUGCAGGGUAUCACAUAGUCUCUAGAGUUGCUUUGAACAUUGGUGUUAGUAAAGUUGUAUAUCCAGUUUAUAGGAACAUCAUUGCUUUGCUCUUAUUAGGUCCUAUUGCCUAUUUUCUUGAGAGGAAAGAGAGACCGCCUUUAACUUUCUCCUUGCUGGUGCAAUUUUUCUUUCUAGCACUUCUGGGGGUCACUGCAAAUCAAGGAUUCUAUAUUUUGGGUUUGUAUUAUGCAUCUCCUACUUUCGCAUCAGCAAUGCAAAAUUCUGUUCCUGCAAUUACGUUUGUUUUGGCCAAUUUUUUAAGACUAGAAGAAGUGAACAUAUUCAGGAGACACGGAUUAGCAAAAGUUGUGGGAACGAUUGCAAGUGUUGGUGGAGCAACCAUCAUAACUUUGUACAAAGGCUUUCCUUUGCUGCACCUUGCUGAGCAAUCUCAAGGGAUUAAUCUUUUGGCGGAAAAUGGAGAUAUGGCAGUAGUAUCUCCUAUUACGACGCAGAACUUUACUUGGGGCUGCAUUUUCCUUCUCGGACAUUGCUUCUCAUGGGCUGGUUGGAUGGUUUAUCAGGCAUCAGUGAUGAAGAAGUACCCUGCAAAAUUAUCCCUUACAUCAUACACAUGCUUCUUCGGAUUAGUACAAUUCCUGGCUAUUGCAGCCUUCGCAGAGACGGAUAUCGAGCACUGGAAAAUUGCAUCAGGAGAGGAGGUUUUAACCAUUCUGUAUGCGGGGAUCAUUGCAUCUGGCGUGGUGAUUUCCCUACAGACAUGGUGCAUUCAUAAAGGAGGCCCUGUAUGUGUAGCUGUAUUCCAACCUGUACAAACAAUAUUAGUUGCUAUUAUGGCUGCUCUCUUUCUUGGUGAUCAACUCUACUCUGGAGGGAUAUUAGGAGCAAUAAUCAUAACAAUAGGCCUUUACAUGGUAUUAUGGGGUAAAUCAAAUGAAUACAACAAGGUAAACCAAGAAACAGAAGAUGAUCAAUUGACAAAACACCUUAUAGACAACAAAGAAGAAGCACGAGAAGAUUCAGCUACAUCUGACAUCCCUUGAAAUCAGCAAGUUGAUGAUGAUUAAUAAAAUAUACAGUUACUAAAGAAAAUGAAAGAGAACUUAAGCAUGACAGCAAAUACAAAUGUAAAUCAUGUUUUCUUGUCUAUAUGGUUGUGGUGGAGGCCUUUGAGCCUCCAAAUUUAAGGUUUUUAAUUAGAGAGUUUAACCCCCUCAAUUGUAUAUUCUUGCACUAGUAUUAGUUUAUUAGAAACUUUGAUUGCGUUGAUUAAUUGAACCAACAUUUAAUUUCGAUGCCAAUCAUUAAAAUUAUUGAUUGAUGUAUUUCCCACCCAAACUAUUGGUGCAUUGUGGAAUUAUUAUACGAAUCAAAAAAUGAUCAUA